AUGAAAUUACUUGAAGUAAUUCGUAUAUCAGCAACAAGUGAUGAAACAUUUCAAACAUUAUUAACUUUUGGUAAAGCAUUAGGAAAAACAACAGUAUCAUGCAAGGAUACACCAGGCUUUAUUGUUAAUCGUUUAUUAGUACCUUAUCUUCUUGAAGCAGUUCGGAUGAUCGAACGUGGUGAUGCUACAGCUGAAGAUAUUGAUACAGCUAUGAAAUUAGGUGCUGGUUAUCCAAUGGGACCCAUUGAAUUAUUAGAUUAUGUAGGAUUAGAUACAUCAAAAUAUAUUGUUGAUGGAUGGAAAAAACGUUAUCCUGAUGAACCAUCAUUUAAAACAAGUGAAUUAUUAAAUAAAAUUGUUAGUGAAGGCAAAUUAGGCAAGAAAACUGGUGCUGGUUUUUAUAAUUAUAAAAAAUAA